AUUACGUAGGGUACAGAUAGCCUGCUAGCAAGUCUGCUAACGAGAAACAAGAUGGAUUCUCCCAUACUGGAACCAUCCUUAUACACUGUGAAAGCAGUUCUCAUUCUCGACAAUGAUGGAGACAGACUUUAUGCCAAGUAUUACGAUGACACAUACCCGACAGUGAAGGAGCAGAAAGCGUUUGAGAAGAACAUAUUCAACAAAACACACAGGACAGACAGUGAGAUAGCGUUACUCGAGGGCCUCACUGUUGUCUACAAGAGCAACAUAGACCUCUUCUUUUAUGUGAUUGGAAGUUCCCAUGAAAAUGAGCUUAUGCUUAUGGCUGUUCUAAAUUGCCUUUUUGAUUCGCUCAGUCAGAUGCUGAGAAAAAAUGUUGAGAGGAGGGCUUUGUUGGAGAAUAUGGAGGGGCUCUUCUUGGCUGUGGAUGAGAUUGUGGAUGGAGGGGUGAUCCUAGAGAGUGACCCGCAACAAGUUGUGCACCGUGUGGCGCUCAGAGGGGAUGAUGUGCCUUUGACAGAGCAGACAGUCACCCAGGUUCUUCAGUCUGCCAAAGAACAGAUCAAGUGGUCGCUUCUACGAUAGAGUCACUCCUGUCUAUCAGAGUCUCCAGUCAACCAGUGAGCCACUGUUCAGCCCAGUCUUCAUGGCACUGAUCUAAAUAUUCCUUUUCCUAUUAUUUCAACUUUCUCAAUCAAAGCUGUGAGGAGUACCACUGGCAGAUCCAGUCACACUCCCGGGACUACUGCUCGAUAAAGUUUCACUUUCCAGUUUUUUUUCUUUCUUUCUUUUUGUGCAGGCGUGCAUUGUAUGACAUAAUCCUAAGGAUAAGAUUUGGUGUACAUUCCAGUAUCGGGGUUGGCUUGUUUUGUUAUGUAUGUUUGUUUUUUAAUUACAGGAUCUGGAUGUUUAUUAACCGAGUGUAUUGGUCUAUAAAACAUUGAUAAACCUCAUUAUAGCCUGUCACGACAUUCCAUGUGUCUCCAAGAACAAGAAUUUUAUUCCUGUUGACAGCAUCUUAUCACCUCCUUUAGAUUACUGUACUAAAUAUUUAGGCAAUAUCUAUCACUUCAUGUACAUGAAUAUUAUGAUUAAAAAGUGUACAACUAGUACUGUAGUCAUACCACU